AACGUUCAAAACCUCCGAGGUGCGAUCGAAUCGCCCCCUCUUUACCGUAAUCCUCGUCGCCAACAUCAAGUAUUCAUGAACUUGAUGUCGAGUUGAUCUCUGUUCGCCUCCCUAAUGCUAAGGUCCAAUCUCCACGCCGCUGCAGCAGCAUGAGCCGACGUGCAGCGGCGGUGAUUCUCUUCCAGUCUCCUGCCGUUUUCUCCUUGUUUGGCGUCAAACGCUGCUUCUUGCCGAUUCAAUCACCGAUUUCCCUCGGCAAUCCCUUGAAGAGGCCCCGCCUUCACCUCUUCAGCACCGGUAGUAGCUGUUCCUCACCCCGCGAUGAUUUGGAUGGAUUAGUCGAUGCGGAGUUCGGAUUUCUGCCCAACGGUGAGUCUGCCGAUCGACAGGAUCAUCAGGAGGGAUCAAUCUCGCUGAAAGACUUCGCCUUUUUACACAAGGCCACUGCUGGAGACCACGAGGCCCACUGUGAGAAGUCUGCUGGUUCAGGAAACUUCUCCGAGGAUGCCAUUUUGAUCGUCAAUGCUAUUAGGGCAUGUGGAAGUGACUUUGAUCACAAGACGGUGGAGACACUUAGGCAAUUCAGAGGAAAAUUGAACGAGUCAUUGGUGAUUGAGGUAUUAAGGUUAAUCAAAACUCCUGAUUUGUCUCUCAGAUUCUUUAUUUGGGCUGGUCGGCAGAUUGGCUAUAGCCACACGGAUUCAGUGUAUGAUGCAUUGAUAGAAAUUUUAGGCUUUGAUAAGAAGAACAGAGUUCCUCAGGAUUUUCUUAGAGAAAUUGAACAGGAUGACCAAGAAAUUCUUGAGAGGUUGCUAAAUGUUUUGGUAAGGAAGUGCUGUCAUAAUGGUUUUUGGAAUGAUGCUCUGGAAGAGCUUGGUCGUCUGAAGGAUUUUGGAUACAAGCCAUCCAAGGUGACAUACAAUGCUUUGUUGCAAGUUCUUUUGAGUGCAGACCAACUAGGUCCAGCUUUUUUGGUACAUAAAGAGAUGUCUGAUGCAGGAUUUGGUUUGAAUAGGUUCACAAUAGGCUGCUAUGCCCAAUCUUUGUGUAAAGCAGGACGGUGGAUUGAAGCUAUUAAUAUUAUAGAGAGAGAAGAUUUUACUCUAGAUACAGUGUUAUCUACUCAAAUGAUUAGUGGAUUGUUGGAAGCUUCUCUUUUUGAGGAAGCCAUGUCUUUCCUUCAUAGAAUGAGGUCUAAUUCGUAUGUCCCUAAUGUUGUGACAUAUCAAACAUUUCUUUCAGGAUUUCUCAAGAAGAAGCAGCUUGGCUGGUGUAAGAGAAUUAUUAAAAUGAUGAUUACAGAGGGUUGCAAUCCAAGCCCAUCUUUGUUUAAUUCUCUAAUGCACGGAUAUUGUUCUACCAGAGACUAUGCUUAUGCAUAUAAGCUACUAAAGAAGAUGAUUGCUUGUGGUUGUCAACCAGGCUAUGUGACCUAUAACAUAUUUAUUGGGGGAGUAUGUGGAAAUAAAGAGUUCCCAAGUUCUGAAUUGCUGGAGUUGGCAGAACAUGCAUACGAGGAGAUGUUGAAUGCAGGAUUUGUGCUAAACAAGAUAAAUGUGGGCAAUUUUGCACAAUGCCUUUGUCACAUGGGGAAAUUUGAUAAGGCAUUUCAGAUUAUAAAGGAGAUGAUGGGAAAGGGAUUUGCUCCUGAUUCUAGCACAUACACAAAGGUUAUUGAUGUUCUUUGCCAAGCGAGUAAAUUAGAGGAGGCUUUCCUUUUAUUUCAGGAAAUGAAGAAGAAUGAUGUUGUGCCUGAUGUGUAUACAUAUACAAUUUUAAUCGACACUUUUUGCAAGGUGGGGCUAAUUAAACAAGCUAGUGGAUGGUUCAAUGAAAUGCAGAUAAAUGGUUGUACCCCAAAUGUAGUGACUUAUACUGCACUUAUACAUGCUUACUUGAAAACAAAACAAGUCUCCAAGGCUAAUGAACUUUUCAAGAGCAUGAUCAGCAUGGGUUGUAUUCCAAACGUCAUCACCUACACUGCAUUGAUUGAUGGUCUUUGCAAGGCUGGAGAGAUUGAUGGUGCUUGUCAUAUCUAUGCUAGGAUGAGAGGAAAUUGUGAGGAGAAAAUUACUGAUAAUUACUUUAAUGAUGGAAGCAUUGAAAUCUUAGAGCCAAAUGUUUUUACAUAUGGUGCAUUGGUUGAUGGCUUAUGUAAAGCUCAUAAAGUAGUUGAGGCUCGUGAUUUACUCAAUGCAAUGUCAUCUGCUGGUUGUGAUCCUAAUCAGAUUGUUUAUGAUGCCCUCAUUGAUGGGUUUUGCAAGGUUGGCAAACUUGAUGAUGCACAGGAGGUAUUUGUUAGAAUGUCUCAAAAUGGUUAUAUUCCUAGUGUAUAUACAUACAGCUCCCUUAUUGAUAGGUUAUUUAAGGAUAAACGUCUUGAUCUUGCUUUGAAAGUUCUCUCCAAAAUGUUAGAGAGCUCUUGUUCUCCAAAUGUCGUCACAUAUACUGAGAUGAUUGAUGGCCUUUGUAAGGUAGGUAAAACAGAGGAGGCCCAUAAGCUUUUAAUUAUGAUGGAAGAAAAAGGAUGUAUUCCGAAUGUCGUGACUUACACCGCCCUGAUAGAUGGGUUUGGGAAAGCAUGUAAAAUUGAUAUGUGCUUAGAGCUUUUUAGACAAAUGACUGCAAAGAGUUGUGCCCCAAAUUUUAUCACUUACAGAAUAUUGAUAAACCAUUGUUGCACUGCUGGCCUUCUUGAUGUUGCUCACAAGCUUCUGGAGGAGAUGAAGCAGACUUAUUGGCCGAGGCACAUAUCCAGUUAUUCUUAUGUCAUCCAAGGAUUCAGCAAGAAGUUUAUUAGUUCACUUGGCCUCUUAGAUGAGAUAACAAACUAUAAAACGAUACCACUUGCUCCUGUUUACAACAUUCUAAUAUUUAGUUUCUCAAAAGCUGGUAAUCUGGAAAGGGCUAUGGAAUUGCACAAAGAGAUAGAAGGCAGUUUGUCAGGUUCAAGUGUUGCAAACAGAAAAAUGUACAGUUCAGUUAUUGAGGGCCUUUGUUUAUCAUCUCAGAUUGAGAAGGCCUUUGAUUUAUACAGUAAAAUGAUAACAAGGGGAUGUGUGCCGGAACUAGUAAUUUUCUCUUACCUUGUUAAGGGACUCCUAAGGGCUAAUAAAUGGGAAGAAGGGCUCCAGCUUCUUUACUGUGCAUGCCACAUGGGUAUAGAUUGGCACUAUGAUGAACCAUCUGAUGGGAGCUAGACAUUUUUAUACUGCAUUCUUGUCUUGUUCCAUGUUCCCUUUAUGAAUAAUGGGAGCACACAUAACAUGGGAUUCCUUGGAUAACGCAUCACCAAAAACAAAAUUUUGAGAUGUUCCUUCUGCAUAACAAUGACUACUCUACUUGCAUUGUUCACAAUUGAUAACCAAAUCGCUUCAAAUGGUUAUACACAACAUCUUGGUAGUACUUCCAUCCAUCAGUGUAGAAAUUUGUAUUUUAUCUCCUUUGCACUGAAACACCAUCCAAAUAACUAUUAGUAAUGAUAUUGCAAGUCAGUCAUGAUCAGCAGCAAGAUGACCAUGGUUGGAUCUCCAGCAAUAUUCCCUGCCUAAUAAGAUCCCUCUCCUCUAUACAUGAUGGCUGCAAUGUUUCAGAAGGACAAUAUUCCAGUGGAAGAGGAUUAUCCAUUGAAGCCAAGGGCAUCAUAGAGGAUUGCCACAAUACCAAGGAUAUCAUCUAUGCAGAAGAUGUCAUCACGUCAUCAGCCUAGGUAAUCUUGAAGAGGGGUAGAUGAGGGCUCUGAUUAAAAUGUCUUUUAUCAUCCAUCAGCGGUGUUGAAUUCCUUCAAUAAAAAGCAUUAUGGAAAGAGGAUAGACUAUGUUGUUAUUAUCAAUUAGUCUAAGAGCCAAAACAUCAGAUUUUAUUUGACAGGAUAGAGAUGCCAAAUAUUUCUGAACCUCGUGGAGUUCUGCAAUUUUGCCAUCAUUUAACUUGGAGUUCAGAAUCCAUUAUGAUGUUGGAUUUCAAAAGUCUAAAUUUGAACUCUACCUCCAGUCCGCUACUCCUGGAGCUCCUACUGCAUUGACUACUAUUGUUUUGAAUAAAGCAUGAAUGGAAUGCUCCCAUAGUUGUAUUCCUUUCAACAGAUUUUAUUCUACUUUAUUUUUCCUCACUGCCUUCUGACAAUUAAAUACAUCGAUGGGAUCUGAGUGAUCAGUCAUUUUAGAUGCCUGAGGAAGGCUUUUAAUUGGAUAUACUGACAACACACUGAAUCACUGAUAGAAAUAAUAGGAGGUCGGAAUCUCUGGUCCCCUUUUUAUAGACAAGGGAAGGGUCUGUUCACAUAUAUUAGUGGGAAUUGAUAGUUCCAUAUAUUUUAUAAGUGAGGGUCAUCAAUCCCAAUAAUACAUGUAAAGAAAUCAUCUUCUGAUCUAUUUUUUGCGGAUCAAAGAUCUCAGCUGAAAUAGUAGAGGUUCGCCUACUGCAAAAACUCUGACCGUCCUGAUGAAGCCUGUACAAACAUUCUGAAGCUUUGAAACAAAGCUAUUCUUUGUUUUUUUUUAAUAAAAAUAAUGUGUUUCAGACAAUA